AUGGAUACUGAAAAUAGAGAAGAUACAGCAAAUUUAACAGAUAUGCCUCCAGCUGAGAGAACGUCGGAGAGUUCGAGCCUGGUGCCACCGAACAACUCCUCGAGACCCAGCUAUAUAAAUCUCGUCAGUAACAUUUUUGCUGUAAUAUCUACAGCGAUAAUUACGUACUGUUGUUUUAAAAAUGGUGUUUCGCUGUUUUCGUUUCAUCCUAUCCUUAUGACUGUCGGGUGGCUCAUUGUAAUGACGUCCGCAGUGAAUGCGAUCACUCCCGGCGAUCUGGCCACAGAAUGGAUGCCCAUAAGACUCCGGAGCGCCCAUCAUUUCCAAACACUCCAUGCUAAGUUCGGGCUGGCUUCUCUCGUUUUCAUGACUUUUACGAGCUUCGGAGGGCUCGGUGCUUUGUGCAGUUUGCAGCUCAAACAUUACCUGGCUCCGAUCUACACUAAACUGAUCCAUGCUUCUUUCGGCCUGCUCACAUUUUGUUUGGGAACCAUAACUAUAAUACUCGAAAAAUCUAUUUGUAAGAUGCCAAAUAUCAAACUACAGUCUUCGGAUAAUGAAAUUUUUGAUGUUGAUGUCGAAAUAGCAAAAUGUUCUGUCACCAUAAAAACCAUGUUGGAAGAUCUCGGGAUGGAUGAUGAUGAAGAAGAAGUGGUGCCUCUACCCAACGUGAACUCCGCUAUCCUCAAGAAGGUGAUCCAGUGGGCCACUUACCACAAAGACGACCCUCCACUACCCGAAGACGACGAAAACAAAGAAAAACGCACCGAUGAUAUUUCAUCCUGGGAUGCAGACUUUCUCAAAGUUGAUCAGGGGACACUGUUCGAGUUAAUACUGGCAGCGAAUUACUUAGAUAUUAAGGGACUUCUGGAUGUCACGUGUAAAACUGUAGCUAAUAUGAUUAAGGGCAAGACUCCAGAAGAGAUUCGGAAGACAUUUAAUAUCAAGAACGAUUUCACAGCUGCCGAGGAGGAACAGGUCCGUAAGGAGAACGAAUGGUGCGAGGAGAAAUAA